AUGGCCGCUUCUUCGCAGGACAGCACGGUCUUCCGUGCUACUACCACAGCUCCGGUCAACAUUGCCGUGAUCAAAUACUGGGGAAAGAGAGAUGCUACGCUGAACCUCCCUACCAAUUCUUCGCUCUCGGUCACCCUGUCCCAGCGUUCCCUCCGCACUCUCACCACUGCCUCCUGCUCUGCCAAGUACCCCACCGUGGAUGAACUUACUCUCAAUGGCAAGCCUCAGGAGAUCCAAUCCUCCAAGCGUACCCUCGCUUGUCUCUCGAACCUGCGCUCGCUCCGUCAGGCUCUGGAAGCUGCGGAUGCAUCUCUCCCGAAAUUGUCUGCUCUUCCCCUCCGCAUCGUGUCCGAGAACAACUUCCCCACCGCUGCCGGACUCGCCAGCUCUGCCGCCGGCUUCGCUGCCCUCGUUCGGGCGGUUGCAGACCUAUACCAACUCCCCCAGUCCCCCCGCGAUCUCAGCCGGAUCGCUCGCCAAGGCUCUGGUUCCGCUUGCCGGUCUCUGAUGGGUGGAUACGUGGCAUGGCGUGCUGGAAGCCUCACCGAUGGCAGCGACAGUCUGGCCGAGGAGGUUGCGCCUGCCGAGCACUGGCCCGAGAUGCGUGCGGCCAUCCUGGUCGUGAGUGCCGAGAAGAAGGAUGUUCCCAGCACCGAAGGAAUGCAGACCACGGUCGCUACGUCCAACCUCUUUGCUACGCGGGCCACGUCAGUCGUGCCCGAGCGGAUGACAGCCAUCGAGGAAGCGAUCCAAAACCGGGACUUCCCUGCCUUUGCGGAGAUUACUAUGCGAGACUCCAACGGCUUCCACGCCACCUGCCUGGACUCCUGGCCCCCCAUUUUCUACAUGAACGAUGUCUCUCGUGCCGCGGUUAGACUCGUACACGACAUUAACCGUGCCGCCGGCCGCACGGUUUGCGCCUACACCUUCGAUGCUGGCCCCAACGCCGUGAUCUACUACCUCGAAAAGGACUCCGAGCUUGUUGCGGGAACGAUCAAGGCUAUUCUCGGCGCUACCGCCGACGGCUGGGACGGCCCCUUCUACGAGCCCCUGAAGAACUUCACUGCUCCCGGGGUUCCCCUGGAUAGCGUGGACUCCAGAGCCGUGGAGGUCAUCAAGGACGGCGUCAGCCGCGUCAUCCUGACCGGCGUUGGGGAGGGCCCCAUUAGCGUGAACGACCACCUCGUGAGCGAGACCGGUGAUAUCCUUUCUCAGUGA